CAGCCGGCAGUAAGAGCAGCCCCGGGCGGCGGCGCGACGGUCCCCGCCAUGUCUGCAGCCAUGAGGCAGAGGUUCGACGAGUUCCUGCACCAGAAGAACUGCAUGACCGACCUCUUGGCCAAGAUCGAAGCCAAGACCGGCGUGAACCGGCGCUACAUCGCGCUCGGUGUCAUCGGGCUGGUGGCUUUGUACCUGGUGUUCGGUUAUGGAGCCUCUCUCCUGUGCAACCUGAUAGGAUUCGGCUACCCAGCCUACGUCUCAAUUAAAGCCAUAGAGAGUCCCAACAAAGAAGAUGAUACCCAGUGGCUGACCUACUGGGUAGUGUAUGGUGUGUUCAGCAUUGCCGAAUUCUUCUCUGACCUCUUCCUGUCAUGGUUCCCCUUCUACUACAUGCUGAAGUGCGGCUUCCUGUUGUGGUGCAUGGCCCCCAGCCCUUCCAACGGGGCCGAACUGCUCUACAGGCGCAUCAUCCGCCCUUUCUUCCUGAAGCACGAGUCCCAGGUGGACACCGUGGUGAAUGACUUGAAGGACAAAGCCAAAGAGACUGCAGAUACCAUCGCUAAAGAAGCCAAGAAAGCUGCCGUGAAUUUACUGGGCGACGAAAAGAAAAGCACCUAAACCCCUGCCUGGAUGGAACCUGUCUGCCCUCUCUGUACCUUCCCAUUAGAGCCUGAUGUUAUACUAGGGACUGUGGCAUAGUCAUUUUAAUAAUGUUGUCUUGGAAACAUUUUUGAUAUAUUGAAAAAAGGAAUGUGUUAUAAAUUUUUUUGCUUACAUUUACUGUCUAUAUACAAAGGGAGCAUUUUAAUUUAAAUUUAAUGCAAUGGGCAGUGUCCAGAUCUUUGGAAAAUAUAUUUUGCCUCUGGGUAGGAAAAGACAUAUGUUACCAUCCUGCAGGAAAUAUAAAGUUAAAAUUAUAUAUCCCACAGGCUUUGUACUUCAUUGGGCUCUCUGCAUGCAUUUUCUGUGUACUUAUAUUUUAGGAUACUCUUUAAGGUUCUACUUCAGGUAAUGUACAAUUUUGUAUUAAAUGGUUUUAAUGCAUCUGUGCAUACACAUACGUAGGGAAAUGUUACUGUCUGACUAUAACAUGUAUAAUGCUCAUGGGGAGCACCUGCCAAAAGCUGCAAGUUCCAUUGUGCUGGUGUGAUCUGCUAAAUAAUGCUUCAGAAAGUUAAUACAAAUGAGUAAUAUUUCAAAUGAACAGUUAAGGUAAAUGAGGUUGAAUGGAGGUUGGCCUGGUUGUUUCCCUGACAUUGUAGCAGCUGAAUACCAGAACAGCUUUGUGAAGCAGUCCCUUUAGUGAUCAAUGCAGAGACGCCACACACAUUAGUCAUCUACAGCUCCCAGUGCCCUGUAGAAGAGUAAUAUUGUCUUGUGGCCUUUUAAAAAUCUGCUUAUAAGCUUUAGAUUUGUCUGUUUUUAAGAUGCAAUGAUGGAAACCAUCCCUGGUUUCACCGUCAGAGCUGAAUAACAUGUUGGUUUAGUCUUGUUUCUUUCCCAGUCUAAGGAGGCUCCAGAGACUUGCCCACCUCUGAUUACAUGUAUGUUCUUGUUUUUAUAUCAUUAGCAACUACAUGCUAACCAGGCUCUAAGAGCAAUUCUGGAAGAAUGAAAGGAAGUAUGAUAUAAUCUAUAAUCUAGUAGGCAGUGGUUAAGUCAAACUGCCUUCACCGCCUUCUCUGGUCUUUAAGGUCAAACACAUGAGGCCUCUCUAGUUUACAAGUCAGAAUCAUUUGUAGUCCGUUUAAAUGCCUUCAUCUUUAUGCUUUGUUUUAAUAAAUUGCAUUUAACUACAUAGUUCAAGUACAGAACAAAAAAGUUAAAAUUAUUGUCGACAGCUUGAUCAGGCAGAUAGCUUAUAGAGGCCUUGACAACUUGUCUAGACUAGAAAAACUGGGCUUUAUACCAACCAUACUGCUACGAUCCUUCUGAAUUAGACUAAACUGACUAUACUAAAGAGUAUAAUGAAACAAGAUUAAAUAUCCAGCCUGUGAAAAAAAUUUUAAGGCGAAUAAAGAUAACAGCUAAGAUCAUAUUGAUGUCUCAUGAUGUAAAAAAUAUUGAAGAUAUCAAAAAUAAGGGACAAUAUCACCCAAAUAUUAUAAUAUGGAUCAAGGCAUUUAUUUUUUUUCUGGGAAAAAUAGUAGUGAUCAUAAGACAUCUUAUGUUAAAAUUACCUUGGGAAAAAAAGCUUUUAGAAAGCAAACAAUUGUUAUUGGGAGAAAAUCAAGCCAUAGAUAAAAAAAAAAAAAUGUACCUCUAGGAGUACUUAAAUCUCUUUCCCCAUAAAUAUGGUACGCUUUUUUGGUGGCAGAAGAAUGAAAACUAGCAACUUCUAGUACACAGAAUAUAUAAUCAGAUUGUUAGUAUCCAGAAUAUAUAACUUUUAGUAUACAGAAUAUGAGCCAAGAUGGGGAGGCAUAAAAGUUACUAUUGCUCAUAACUAACAGGCUACUAUCAUUUAAAACAUUACUACAGUAAGAAAAUAUAUUGAGUGCAAUUUUUUUGUCCCUAUAGCUUUCUCCUACAGUGCAUUCUGCAAGACAUUUGUUACUGUUUUUAGCAGUCGAAGUAUACAUAUUAAUGACAGGAGAAGUUAUGAGUUGAACAAUUCUGUCAGUUUAGAUUUCCCAAAUAUAUUGCCAUGACUAGAGUAUUUGAAGACAAGCAUUUAUUUGUACAUGAAUGGUACUUCAGGGGUUUGUAAAGUUACAGAAUCCUUACAGCAGUUCUUCCCCUCCUGGAAAGCAUUCAGAUCAAGAGUCUUGGGCAGAGUCUUGUACCCACAGCCUGAAGAAAAUGAGCAUAGCCUUUAAGUUACCACCUAUCCUGAAGGUGUGAUAUAUUAAAUGGAAAUGGAUGUAAAUAAAACUCUGUUAUCUCACUUAAUUGUUAUAUUUCAUUUUAUUUUGUGGGGCUUUUUAAAAAAAAUCUAGACUCAUUUAAGCAAAAUCUUAAGUAAAUAAAGAUAAAUGAACCUUAAA